AGAGAGCAAGAGGAGGGGUGAAAGCACAUGAAAAACUGCGUAACCCACUGCUGGUUGAGAUAGACGGGGCAGAAAGGUUGCCUUUCUGGGUCGUAGGCGCUAUCUGGAGCUUUGCUGCACUUUUAUGCGAAACGACAGCGGACUGAGCAGACCUGCCGAGGUUUUCCAGGUGUCCUCUCCAUAAAUUCCUGCUCUUAGAUGGUAACAGAGAGCUUGAGAAUAAGAGAGAGAAAAUGGCAGUGUGGAUCCAGGCCCAGCAGCUGCAGGGAGAUGCUCUACACCAGAUGCAGUCUCUCUACGGGCAACACUUCCCCAUAGAGGUGCGACACUACCUGUCCCAGUGGAUAGAGGGACAACUCUGGGAUGCAAUAGAUUUAGAGAACCCACAGGAGGAGAUUAAAGCCAAGCGUUUAUUGGACAGCCUGAUCCAGGAACUACAGAAGAAAGCAGAGCAUCAAGUGGGAGAGGACGGCUUCUUACUCAAGAUUAAAUUAGGACAUUAUGCGUCACAGCUAAAGAGCACGUAUGACCGCUGUCCCCUGGAGCUGGUGAGAUGCAUCAAACACAUCCUGUACACAGAGCAAAGACUCGUCAGAGAGGCGACUAAUUCAAGCUCACCAGUGGGCAGCCUGAUGGACAGCAUGUCACAGAAGUACCAUCAAAUAAACCAGGCAUUCGAGGAGCUCAGAAUAUUGACUCAGGACACAGAGAAUGACCUCAGAAAACUACAGCACAACCAGGAGUACUUCAUUAUACAGUACCAGGAGAGCCUCAGAAUACAGGCUCAGUUAUCAAGUCUGGCCACGCUGCCUCCAGCAGACCGACAGCUACGAGAGCCCAGCCUGCUCAGCAAGAGAGCCACAGUAGAGGCCUGGCUGACCCGAGAGGCCAACACCCUGCAGAAAUACAGACUGGGAUUGGCGGAGAAACACCAGAAGACACUGGCAUUGCUACGUAAACAGCAGACGGUGAUUCUUGACGAUGAGCUGAUUCAGUGGAAGAGACGUCAACAGCUGGCUGGCAAUGGCGGGCCGCCCGAGGGAGGACUGGACAUACUACAGUCAUGGUGUGAGAAGCUAGCAGAAACCAUUUGGCAGAAUCGUCAGCAGAUCCGGAGGGCGGAGCAUCUGAGACAGCAGCUGCCCAUUCCCGGCCCCAUCGAAGAGCUGCUGACCGAACUCAACAGCACCAUCACGGACAUCAUCUCAGCUUUAGUCACCAGUACCUUCAUCAUCGAAAAGCAGCCUCCUCAGGUGCUGAAAACACAAACUAAAUUUGCGGCAACAGUGCGUUUGCUGGUAGGUGGCAAACUGAACGUGCACAUGAACCCACCGCAGGUCAAAGCCACCAUCAUCAGCGAACAACAGGCCAAGGCCCUGCUCAAGAAUGAAAACACCAGAAAUGACAGCAGUGGUGAGAUCUUGAAUAACAACUGUGUGAUGGAGUACCACCAGACCACAGGCACUCUCAGUGCACACUUUAGAAACAUGUCUCUGAAGCGGAUCAGGCGUUCAGACCGUCGAGGGGCGGAGUCUGUUACAGAGGAGAAGUUUACCAUUUUGUUUGAAUCACAGUUCAGUGUUGGGGGAAAUGAGCUGGUAUUUCAGGUUAAGGUGAGCAAAUCACCAUUAGUAAAUGUUAUCUGUCAGGAACCACUUAAAGCAAUGCAGCAAAAUUAUAACAGUUCAAUUUCAACGAUGUGGGAUAAUGCAUUUGCUGAACCGGGACGGGUGCCUUUUAUUGUGCCCGACAAGGUGUUGUGGCCGCAGUUGUGUGAGGCUCUGAAUAUGAAGUACAAGGCAGAGGUGCAAUCAAAUCGAGGUCUGAAUGAGGAGAAUCUCGUCUUUCUCGCUCAGAAAGCCUUCAGCAGUUCCAGCGUCAACCCAGAGGACUACCGCAACAUGACCAUGACCUGGUCGCAGUUUAACAGGGAGAGUUUACCAGGCAGGAACUUCACUUUUUGGCAGUGGUUUGAUGGUGUGAUGGAGCUUACUAAAAAACACCUGAAGCCUCACUGGAAUGAUGGGGCGAUUCUUGGCUUUGUGAAUAAACAGCAAGCUCAGGACAUGCUGAUGUCCAAACCCAACGGAACCUUCCUGUUGCGCUUCAGUGACUCGGAAAUUGGCGGCAUCACUAUAGCCUGGGUAGCAGAGAACCCUAACAAAGCAGGAGAAAGGAUGGUGUGGAACCUCAUGCCAUACACAACCAAAGACUUCUCUAUCCGCUCCUUGGCGGAUCGCAUCAGCGACCUGAAUCAUCUCCUGUUCCUCUAUCCUGACCGGCCCAAAGACGAGGUCUUCUCCAAAUACUACACCCCUCCGCUGUCUAAAGCUGUGGACGGAUACGUCAAACCACAGAUCAAACAAGUAGUGCCAGAGUUUACAACACCUAACCCCGACCCUGCAGCAAACCCCACCUACAUGGACCAUGCAGCAUCUCCAGCUGUCAGUCAACCACAUGCUUAUGGACUCUAUCCUCCCAUUGGAGACCCUAUGUUGGACGCUGAUGGCGAUUUCGAUCUGGACGACACAAUGGAUGUAGCGAGGCAUGUAGAGGAACUGCUCCGUCGACCAAUGGAGGGCCAGUGGAGCGGCCAUCAGUCAUGACCUCUUGACCUGUGACUUCUCUCCCUAAACAAUGUUUUUUUUUUUUAAAUACAUUUUUCUCCUUCUACUCUUAGUGUAUUUUCCCCAUUUGUUUCUCAGUGUGGGUCUUCUCGACUUCUUUUUCUCUAUCAUCACACCUCUUUCUCUUUCCCCCAUCCCUUGUUUCUGUAGAAGAGAAAGGAGCUAAUGGAAGAAGAAAAACAUACUAUGAGCCUUCCUCUAAUUAAAUACCACCAAACAGUAUUGUAGAAUAAAAGAGAGAGAGAUGCAUGUUAUCUAUUUUCAUUUGUGCAUGAGGUGUUUUUUUUUUUUUUUUUUUUUAUGACUUUUCGCAGAACGAAUCUGUGAAACCCUUAAGCCGAGAUGUACUACUGUAAGGAACAUUUUUAUGUUUUUCAAACUGUUUUAUGGUUGUCAUUUUAUUUCCAGGGUGUUCAGAUAUCUACUGCAUCUGAAGUAAAUGCAUAUUAUCCUUUGCACUCUUAAACGAAUGCUUUCUUGCAGACUAUGACAUUAUUGUUACUAUAUGGUGAUUGCAAUGUAACGCUUCUGUACACUAAAGAGUGUUUAGGUUGCAAGGCUGUUAACAUUCGGUGCUUCUACAUCUACGUCUGUGUUUAAUCUGAACCUUGAACACAAGUUACAUCCGCAUCCAAACCAGCAGCACACGACCUGUCACUCACAUCACCGAGACUGAGGCACACAUGAGAAACACACAUGCGCCCGCUCGCAUCCGUCCCGCGUAAAGCGAUGGAAACACAUGGGGUAGAGAGAGGUCCGCUGAGCGUCUGGGCUCACGCUACACUACACAGGCCGUCUCUCGCUCUCUUCUGUCUCUCUCCAGUGCAACAGGUGAUGACCUCAUCUGUUCUCACGCUUUCCUCUCGGAACAAAACAAGAGAACCCGUCGUCAUGGUUACACAUGCUGCCCCUCGUAUUCCCUUAACUGGCCAUUCUAUAGGUUCGCAUUUCUGCAUGUUACCGACCUGCAUCUUUGUUUGUCUCGUACUCUGCAUACUCUGCCUUGGCCACUCAGGACAUUGACGUACAGUUGAUGUAAAAUACAAAUAAUAGUAAUAAUAAAAUAUAAAU